AUGGGGGCGAUUGAGUUGGAUGGGGAAGCUUGGGUGCGACGAGGUGACCAGUACAUGCCGGCCGUGCCUGUGUGUCUUGGCUCCGAGGAUAACUCCGGCGAGCAGAAGAAGCUCCCGGCAGCAAACAUAGCAACAAGAACCAAGACUCUCGGCGUUGCCACCACCAAUCUCCCUUCUCCUCGGAACUAUCGACGGCCGUCAAAUCUAUUCUUGUCUGCCUUCCGUGCCCCCAUCCAACAGGCAGCAGACCAAGUCAUCGGCCCUUGGCGGCAAGAAAGCGUCCCUUGA